AUGGCGGCAGCUAUGCCACACGUUUUGUCUCCGGAACUUCAACAGCGAGUUAACGAAUGCAAGCUAUUGGUUGUUGGAGCCGGUGGUAUUGGUUGCGAACUUCUGAAAAACCUUGUCCUCACAGGAUUCAAAAACAUUGAACUGAUUGAUCUGGACACUAUUGACGUCAGUAAUCUCAACAGACAAUUCUUGUUUAGGAAAGAGCAUGUUGGUAAAUCAAAGUCCCAGGUGGCCAAGAAUAGUGCUUUAGCCUUCAAUCCUGACACCAACAUUGUGUCUUACCAUGACAGUAUUACCAGCACCGAAUAUGGAACCAACUUCUUCAGAAAGUUUGACAUAGUCAUGAAUGCUUUAGAUAACAGAGCUGCCCGUAACCAUGUAAACCGCAUGUGUCUGGCAGCCGACAUCCCCCUAGUGGAGAGUGGAACAGCAGGCUAUUUGGGUCAGGUCACUGUCAUCAAAAAGAGUCUGACAGAGUGUUAUGAAUGCCAGCCCAAACCCAGACAAAAAACAUUCCCAGGGUGCACUAUCCGUAACACUCCCUCCGAACCGAUUCACUGUAUUGUUUGGGCGAAACAUUUAUUCAAUCAGCUGUUUGGCGAGGAGGACCCCGAUCAGGAUGUCUCCCCUGACACAGAGGACCCAGAGUUGGCAGGUGAUGCUGGAGAAAGUGCUUUACAAGAGAAAUCCAAUUCUGACGCUGUUGGAGCUGUGGAGAGAAAAUCUACACGUACCUGGGCCAUGGAAUCAGGCUAUGAUCCACAAAAGCUUUUCAACAAGCUAUUUCGAGAUGAUGUUAAAUAUUUAUUAUCAAUGGAGACACUGUGGAAAAAGCGGAAAGCCCCAAUUCCUCUGGACUGGGAAAAUUUACCUGACACAGACUCGGGUACAGGAGAGGCGGGUAUACGGGACCAGAGGCUGUGGACUAUAAAGGAAUGCUGCUCUGUCUUCUCAAACUGUCUCAAUGGUCUGAAGGAAGAUUUGGCCAAACAAGGCGAAGGGGGCAUGCUUGUCUGGGAUAAGGAUGACAUGCUAGCUAUGGACUUUGUCACCUGUACAGCCAACAUCAGGGCCUACAUAUUCAGUAUUGCUCAGAAGACGAGAUUUGAUAUAAAAUCUAUGGCUGGCAACAUCAUUCCUGCAAUUGCCACAACAAAUGCUAUAAUAGCCGGCUUAAUUGUGAUGGAGGGACUCAAGAUUCUCAAGGGGGAUAUAGAGAAAUGUAAAACAGUUUACCUGAACAGACAGCCUAACCCCAGGAAGAAGUUACUUGUACCAUGUACUCUAGACAAGCCCAAUCCCAAGUGUUAUGUAUGUGUGGCCAAACCUGAGGCCACAGUGGUGUGCAAUACAGACAAAGUCACUGUGAGGACUCUAGAGGAUAAGAUAUUAAAGGUGGCCUUAGGUAUGGUAGCUCCAGAUGUGGAGAUUGAUGAUGGUAAAGGAACAAUUCUGAUAUCGAGUGAAGAGGGAGAAACGGAAGAAAAUGCUGACAAGAUUUUGAGUGAGUUUGGGAUAAACAAUGGCUGCCGGUUAAAGUGUGAUGACUUCUUACAGAACUACAGCCUCGUUCUCAACGUAGCCCACAGGGAGAAAUUAGAGGAAGACAAAGAGUUUGAAGUUGUGGGAGAUAUGUCUGAACUACAGGCCAAAGAGGAGGAAGCGAAAGAGGAGAAAAGCGAGAACAAAGAGGAAAGCCAGUCAAAGACCAAUGAUGUAAGUGAUGACGAGGACCUGAUGGUAGUGGAUGAACCCGAGGAUGAACAAAUAGUUAACAAGCAAGUGGUCAGUAGAAAGAGAAAGGCCGAAGAUGAACUGACCGACACAGGCACUCCCAAAAAAGUCAAAGUUUCUGAUGAUCAAGAUGUAGACGAUGAUAUUGUGAUUUUGUGAUGACAGUUGUUUUAUCAUCAGAACACUGAAAAGUGACAGUGAAAGGCAGCAGGGACAUUUAACAUAAUACAUUAUUGUAUAUAGGUGUCACUGUAACAUAUUGUGAUGAGUGUCCUAGCACAGUGAUGGGUUUUCAGGGACAGACAUACUUUACUAUUUAUAUUAGCACACACAAAUCUCUUUUCUACUAAGGAAACCUAGUUUGCAUUGUCAUUUCCUGAAAUUAAUGUUAUUCUGUUGAAUACUCUGAUGACCGAUACAAAUGCUUGAAACAGAUUCCCCUAAGCUACUCUGCAAUACAGCUAUACAUUCUAUAUUCCUUCUUACACACAAGUGACCCAGAUUUCUGUUACAUACUAGAAUGUAUUGUCCUGUCCCAUACUAGAAUGUAAUGUUUAAUACACACUAGGGACCCAGGUCUCUUACAUGCUAGAAUAUAUUGUUUACUACAAACUAAGGACCUAGGUCUCUGUUACAUGUUAGAAUAUACUGUUGAAUCCACACUAGGGACCGUAGUUACGUACUACAAUAUACUAUUUAAAACACUAUGGUCCCAGGCCUCCGUUAUGUACUAGAAUAUCAUUACACACUGCUGUUGUAUUUUGUGGACCAAAUGAUUUACUGUUGUGAACUUUGUAGUGCUGUAAAAGUGAUGGUGAUUCAUAUGAACUAGUGGACAUUUUGUACUUUAUAAAUGAAUCAAUUGGAUCUCCAUU